AGGACAAUUACGCCUUCUUUGAGAUACGGAUAAUUAUCAUACUUUGAAAGGGACAGAUGAUCCAGUAGGGCAUCAUGCACUGAUACCCGGGUCCCGGUGGACAAACUUUCUUCUCUUGACUUUCCACAGCAUUGGGGCAACAAACAAGUUGCCAUGACUACACAGUGGGCAUGCGAGAGGAGGGGGCAGCAAUGGACCAACGCAAGUUGGAAAAUCUUAACCGACCAGUUGGGACAGGCUGCCUUCAGAGAGAAGAAACAACAACAGUCCAAGACAACCGACCUACUGCAGGCCCCCAAAGCCACCUCCACGUCCAAGCUCAUUAUGAGCGCAAGGAUUGAGAAAUUCAAGAUGGCGGCGAGAGCUGCAGCCUUGAAAGGUCAAAGGUUGUUCGACAACACCGGAGUGGGCGGUGCUGGGUACGCCGUGGUCAUCUCCAACCCCACUGUUCCACAGAACGACUUCUUCAAACCUGGCCGGGUCUUCCAAGUCCGCCUCCGCCACACCAAUACUGGGACAGAUGACGAUGCAGAUGUUGACAUGAGAGGAGCCGAGCUGAAGUUUGAGGACACGGACGGUCCGAGUCAGUUUGACCUGAUCAUGCACACGGGCUCCAUGUGCACCUACUGGGACAUCCCGUCAUUCGAGGACUUCGUGGCCGCCGUGCGCAGCUCGCGCCAGGGAGGAGACGCUCUGAAGGACUGGUGUUACAAGUUCCCCAUGAAUUACUACAGUUUGGUGGAUAACGCCCGCCGGGCCCCAACCUCCUACAGCAACAUGAACUACUACAGCAGGCUGGCCACAAAGUUCAAGGCCAAGGACGGCGCAGUCCGGUAUGUAAAAUUCCGUCUGGUUCCAGACGAGCAGCAAACGGAAUCCGGACUCCUACCUCCGGAAGAUCAGGAGAAGGCGUGGGAAAAAGGCAGGUAUCCGGAUGAUACCCGACCGAAGGACUACCUUCGUCAGGAGUACGUGAACAGACUGAGGUGGACACCCAUCCGGUAUCGUCUGCAGAUACAGAUCCACGAAUGGAAGGACGGAGACACAUUCAACUUAUUGAAUCCUUACAGGCUCUGGAGUCCGAUGCUGCACACCUGGGCCGACCUGGCCCUGGUGACAAUCACCACACUACUGUCAGACGCCACCACGCAAAGGACGACGUUCAACAUCGGCAACCUGCCGCCGUCGAUGGAAUUCGACGAGCCUUUCUCAAUCUACGACUACAACAGUAUAGCCAAGAUGUACUCUGCCAUUCAGUCCGUGUACAAGCCAACGCUCAGCAAAAGCCCUACCCUCCAGAACGGCCCAGCCGACUACGACUUCGUGAAAUACAACGUGGAAGUCACUGUCCGCCAUGUUGUUGGGAGCAACAAGGGGAUUCUGAUCAGCCUGACCGGGCCCUGGACGCGAACCGAGCCGAUCCAGAUUGGACAAGGCAUCGGCAACAGCAUCGCCCCGGGAAGGAAGCAGACCCUGGAGGUGGAGGCGUACGAUGUCGGCGAAGUCGUGCUGGUGUCAAUCGAGAAGGUUAAAGAUGACGACAGCUGCGACUACUUCAUCGAGAACGUGCAUGUCCAUGACCUUCAGAGAGGGUUGAAGUUCGAGUUCCCUGCAUACCGAUGGCUGGGGAAACGCCUCACACUGAGGAGAGGAGCAGUUUCCUUGAACGACGGAGCGAAAGGCGACCUCGAGGCGCUCCACCGUCAGAUGGAGCUGUGGCAGGGGCAUGACGGGUACAAGUGGUCCCACGACCAGCCGGCCUUCCCCGGAGGUCUGGACCUGACGAGAAUCCCACACGACGUCCGGCGAGACAGUGAGAGGCUGCCGGAGUUCCGGAUCCAAAAGGGCGCCGGAAGCAUUUUUGCAUCGAAGAUCGCGAAGGGCCUUGGAGACUACGAACAACUGAUGGAGUCAGCAGUAAAGGAGGUUCCGGAGUUCAUCCAGAACUGGAAGUCGGACGAGGAGUUCGGACGACAGUUUCUGAACGGAGUCCACCCGCUAGCUAUCCGGCGGUUCGACACGGUGCCGCCGAAGUUCCCGAUGACUGCGGGCCGACUGAAGGAGAUCCUGGCAAAAGACAGAGGGUGGAGUUUGCGCCAGGAAAUUGCCGCUGGACACAUGUACUACGUCGACUGUUCCUUGAUGAAGGGGCUGAGUCCAAACCUUGCCGGGGAGGAGGUGUUCUAUCAUGCGGCGCCCAUAGCGCUCUUCCACGCCAACAGCAAGGGACACUUCGUCCCCGUGGCCAUCCAGUUGUACCAGGGUCCUGGUCCCGACAACCCGAUCUGGACUCCGGAUGACGGGGAGUACGAAUGGAUGCUGGCGAAGCUGUUCCUGCGCAACUCGGACGCGCAGAUCCACCUCAACGUCUCCCUCUACCUGCACUCCCACCUCCUAAUGGAGGCCUUCGCCGUGGCACUCUUCCGGAAGCUGCCGUCGCCGCAUCCGGUCCACAAGCUGCUGGCGCCGCACCUUCGUCGGGUUCUGGGCGGCAAGGUCCGACUCCGCGACCUGGUGACGGAGGAUGGGUCGGUUCUGGACGAGAUCUGCUCCCUGUCAGCCAGCGGCAGGAGGCACCUCAUCGCCACCGGCUUCCAGGAGUUCCACCUGAGGAACCUGCACUUUCCAGCCAUGAUGGCGGACAGGGGGAUCGACGAUCCUUACAAGCUUCCAGGCUACUUCUACCGCGAUGAUGGGUUUCGGCUGUGGAAAGCCAUUGAGAAAUUCGUUGAGGAAAUCCUCCGGCUCUACUACAAAAACAACACGUUUAUAACAUCGGACAAGGAGCUACAGAGUUGGAUCAGAGAUGUCCGGAAGAACGGCUUCAUGCGCGAGACGCUAGGAGAGAAAGGAGUUCCCAAGGUCCUGUACACCGUCAAAGAGUUGGUGGACGUGGUGACUAUCGUCAUCUUCACCUGCUCUGUUCAGAACCGCGCACUGACUGCUGGGAUGCGCGACAUGGCCACAUGCGUUCCCAACAUGCCUCUCGCGCUCAGACAAUACGGGUUUGCCAGACAGGCUGACAAAGAGAAUGAAAAGGAGAAGAACAAGAAAGAGGGAGAGAAGGACCAACUCAUCGAUGAAGACGGGUUCGUGAUUGCGACACCUGGCGAGCCUGAGAUCUUGAAGAAGAUUCGUGGCACGUACCUCGACGAGGAAAAGGACUUCAAGGAGUUGACCAAGGCUACGUUUGAGGACAUCAUGGCGGCUCUUCCAGACAAAGUCGUCGCCAGGAAACAAAUAGACUUCGCUUUGGAAAUGUCGAAACUUCCGGACGAUGAGGCGUUCAUCGGAGAGUACCGCGACUGCCACUUCACGGAGGACAAGGCUCAGGCGGCCGUGCUGAAGUUCCAGGAGUCCCUACGGCAGAUCUCCAACACAAUGAAGCUGCGGAACGAGCGGAGCGGGGAGUACGAGGGACAGGAGUUCACCGUCAACAUGUUCUACGAGGAGGACGAUGACGCCACGCAGGUGGAGGUCACACAGGUGAUGCGAGAAAAGACGGAGAAGCCAGAGGAACAGCCCUACACCUACCUCCUGCCGGAGCAGAUUCCGUUCAGCGUUACUCCGUAGGAAGUCUUCAUGUCAGUCACUGUUUGGCGUCUCUUAUACUGUCUCGUUGAGCACACCGUGUACGUGACAUGUAUCUGAUUGCUACCGUUUUGUAAUAGUACUUGUCGCCAUUUUGUUAUAGCAAAUGGUAGUAAUCAUAAAACGUAUAUGGUCUAUAUAAUGGCCCUCUCAGAAAAGGUCUCUAUGGGUACCUAAUAUCUGUUGUAGUAUAACGUGUUUGAAAUUAUUGACUAACCAGCUACUAUAUUGUGGCCAGGUGUAUAUUUAUUGGGCAAUACUAACACAUAUAAGCAUGUGAAAUCUUUGCACCAAACAGCGAACCAAAUACAUAUGUUUAGCACCAGGCUUAAUUUGGCGCGGUUCCUCAUGCCUGUCAAGCAGUUGGCUACAAAUAACGCCAGAGCCCAAGGCCACUGGUGUAAAAUUUCAGUGGGCGGACGAGCUAGGCCAAGUGAUGAAUAUACUACAUGUAUUAGUCUGGAACGAAAAAGGGCAAGGCUCCCUGCACUGUGAAUGGUUCGCAAGAUCUAGAUACUUCCAUUGCAGUUGGAACAAAUUAACAGAAAAUGUUUCCUUGUAUGGCGGCAUGAUGUUCAACUAUUCCAUUUUCAGUUUGCUGUGUUCUCUGAAUCCAUCUUUAAAGUCUUAUACACGUUCAUGAUACAUGUAUAAUUUUACAUUUAGCUU